AUGGGGACAGGAAUUUUCAUUGAAAUCAGAAAUUCUGAAAGUUUAUUAAAGAUGUUUUGGUAUGAUACCCAGUAUAAACACGCAGAAGAAGCACGGCAAAGAAACAAACGAGAAGAUCGGAAGUUGAAGAUAGAAAUCGAAAGUAAAAAUGGGAUGCGUUCUGCUCUUAAAACAGAGAUGGAUGCUGUUUCCAAGGAACAGAGGCGUAUCAAACGUGAACUGGACAGAAUAAGGAAGAGUAGUAUGGGACCCAAUAACGUAUUCAAUGGAUCACCGAGGCGGCUACAAUCAAAGUUAUACUUUCAUGGAAAGAAAGCACCGAAGCGAAAGAUUGGAAGAGUCGAUCCUUUAAAUUUCUUUCAAAACGAAUACUUACACGAGGACAAUAUCACGGAGAGUGAGUUAAUGCGGUCUAUUAUGUUAAUAAAUUGUGACUCGAACAGUAAAGAAAAUAAUGAAAUGUUUAAGAAAGGACAAUUUAAUGACUUAACAACCAAUAGUGAAUCAACUUAUAUUACCCAACAACAAAACUCAUUGUCCAAUUAUGAUUCGACUGAUUUGAAUAAUUACAAUAGUUCAAGUAUACAAAGUAUACAAAGUGUACGAAGUGACGAAAGGGAAGAAAUUCAGUCACUUACUGAUAAUACAGUGUUAGUUAAUCUCUUAUCACCUUCGUCAGUAAAUAAUUCACCUGUACAGAUUACUGUAGAGUCUACAGAGGAACAAGACGUGAUCACCCAGCUACCAAGUGAUUGUUAUUCGAACGUUGAUUCAGAAACUUCUAGAUCAAGUGUCGACAGUAAUCUUUCAAAACGUCGUCAUAAAAGUUUGGAUUUAUCACAACUGGCUACUCUCGAUAUGAAAUCUGUGAAAUCAGACGUAACUCGUAGACUUUCAGGAUCAACAGCUCCGUCAAAAUCGCAGCUUGAGAGAAGACGUGUUUCAGAUGGAACUGUAGCCUUAUCAAAACCACCUUCUAAGCAACUACAAGCUCAAAGGAGGACCUCAGAUGGACACGUAUUGGCUUCAACAUCGUCACCUGUGAAAAAUGAAACCUCGAGGACCAAACCGGAAGAAGACGAAGAAUCGAGGCCAGUCACUAACGCAGAAGAAGAAAAUGUAGAGCGAGUGUUGCCUAAGCGAAUUAUCAAACAUGCUAAAGACAUUCCUCAACCUCUGAACUAUAAUCCGGAAUAUUACAACCCAGAUGGAUCUUUAAGAGCAAAAUGGACACUUCCGGAUCCAGAUUCAGCAUGGGAAGCCGCUAAAAAUGCCAGAUAUAUCAGAACAUCUGAUCGACGUGACAGUGAAAUAGAACUCAGUGUUAAUGAUAUCUUCAAAUAAGACGAUCAUCAUCAACGUUACAUUCUAUCCAUCCAUGUUUUUGUUCUAUCAUUAUCCAUUCAAUGAAACCGUCCAGAUUGAUAUGUAUGUUCUUUUUGUGGACUAUUUAGGAAAUGUGAUCGAACGAGGACACUCUAGACACCAGGCUAUUCGAAUUGGAUUAUGUGAUAUUUGUAAAUAGAUACUGAAU